AUGGCCUCUACGCUUGAUGCUGCGCAGCAGGAGGCCGGGAGCCAGGGCCAGCCCAUGAGCAAGGAGGCCGUGAUGCAAGGCAGCGUAAGCUGGUCGAAGCGCCGAAACGGGAGUGGUGACCGCCCCGAGGCGCAGGCGCCGGCGGAGGAGAAGGAGUCUGGUGGAAAAGCUGCCGCCUCCUGCCCGGAUCCCGCACAGAUCAUGGACUGGUCGACGGAUGUCUCGCAGCGGCAGCGCCGCGAGCGUGGCGAGCAGCAGCGACGGAGAAAGCGCCACGAGCACUGCAAGUGCUCACAUCAUGGCGCAGUACCUGAGCCCUGCCCGCAAGGUUUGUAG